AAUCUACAAAUAAUUUAUUGUGAUCGGUGAUUUCACAAGAUGAUUCUAACUAUAGUACUAGUUGUGUGUGCUUGUGCAAAUGUGCUGUCCGAAGAAUACACAAAUCAGUAUAACAAUGAAGUAGAUGCAGCACUAAAAAGUGAAAGACUUAUGAAAAGUUACGUCGAAUGCCUUUUGGGAACAGGGAAAUGUACUCCUUCGGGAGAAGAACUAAAAAAAGACAUUCCCGAUGCGUUGGAAAAUGAAUGUGCCAAAUGUAAUGAUAAACAUAAAGAAGGUGUACGAAAAGUCAUUCAUUACUUAAUAAAAGAAAAACCAGAGUGGUAUGAACAGUUACAGAAAAAAUUUGAUCCACAAGGAAUUUAUAAGAAAAGAUAUCAACAUUACUUGGAAAAAGAAGGGUUAAAAGCUUAAUUGCAACAAAAAAUAAUAGCAGUUGUUAAAAUGUUUUUACUAAUAAUACUAAAAAAUGUAUGUGCUUUUAAUAAAUUUGAAUAUUAUUAUUUGAAUAGUA